AUGUCUUCUCAGUAUAACAAGCCGAGAAUUGUGCGGUGGAGCUUGAGAGUACCACCAGCUGAAGGCGAUAAGAUACACAUAUGGAUGCGACUUGAUCGGCGGCCGAAAAAAUUCAUUAAUCGUCGAGGGGUACGAUAUGACGGCCUCAACGAUCUUAUCCGUACCAUGGGUGGCAAACACAAGGACAUUGUUAUAGGAAACUAUAAGCAAGGCUUUUAUGCAUACGGCUUGUUCUUCAAAGAUCAUACCUGGCAGCUGAGGAACAAUGGUAAUGGAGCCCAGCUCCUAGUCGGAUGCAUUCCUUACGAGAGAGUCCAAGACAAAGCGACAAGGAGAACAAUGGAGAAGCGAGACUACAUUGGCGUGGUGAAAAACAACGACUGGACAAUUGAAGAAAUCGAGAGUCUUGCCAGAGCUGAGAUAGCCGGAAAGGUAUAUCAUCACCAAAGGUACAACUGUGAAACGUUCGCACUCAACCUUGCGAACAAGUUGAAGGUCGAAUGA